UGUGUUUCUGGGAAGAUAAUGGCAACAAAGACACUAUCCCCCCAUCCACAGCCUCUCUACUCUUUCCCUUUCCCUUCCAAAUUCAGAACCAACCACCUUCACCACCCAUGGCCGCCACGAGUUUCAACCCCUUUAACGCUCCACAGACACCGUGUGGCUGCCCGACUCUCCUUGCACCAAACCAUCGUCUCAUCUUCUGCUCUUACGGACAAUCUUCAACAUUACCUGCAAAACCCAGAUUCCAUGUUUUUUCUUGCAGACACAGCGGGUUACUCCUUGUCUAGCUACUACACUUCUCUUGGUCUCUUUGUCAUCUCUGUUCCUGGACUUUGGUCCCUGAUCAAGCGCUCUGUGAAAUCAAAGAUAGUGCAGAAGACAUUCAUAGGGGAAGGAGCUGAGGAGAAGGCACCAAAUCAAGUUGCUGCUGAGAUUUUAUCUUUCUUCACUCGCAACAAUUUUGUGGUCACCGAUAGGGGUGAGACUAUCACGUUCGAGGGAAUGAUGGUUCCAAGCAGAGGACAGGCAGCAUUGUUGACAUUCUGCACCUGCAUCAGCCUUGCAAGUGUUGCCCUUGUGCUCACCAUCACAUUUCCAGAUGUGGGGAACAACUGGUUCUUGAUCACUGUUCUAAGUCCAUUGGCAGGAGCUUAUUACUGGAAGAGGGCAUCAAGGAAGGAGCAGAUUAAAGUUAAGAUGCUGGUUGCCGACGAUGGGACCGUGUCCGAGGUUGUUGUUCAAGGAGAUGAUCAGCAAGUAGAUCAAAUGAGAAAAGAACUCAAGCUUAGUGAAAAAGGCAUGGUAUAUGUGAAGGGCUUGUUCGAGAGAUGACAAUAGAUAUACACUUCCUCCUAUAUGCAUGUUUUAGGCUUAUGGGAAUAGACUUUGUCAUCUGUGUUUUCUGCCCUGCAAAUUUUGUUUUCUGUUGUCUACUGCAAAUGUUAAUGCUAGAAACGUUCAAUAA